CUAAAACCCUUUCUUCUUCCUAAUCGUGGUCAUUAAAUCCUCAAUAAACCAGAAAAUCAAUGCCUUAAUAAAUUCAUUAAUAUCACCAAUCAAAUUAAUUAAUACUAAACUCUCAAUUCCUGCAUGACUUUCCUACCCAUCAUCUCAUAUCUCUCACGUUCUCUCUCAAAUCUCAAUCUUCUUUUCUUAAUUCUUCUUUAUAAUUAUAACAAUUUCCAUGGAAAAACUUUCUAAUUCUUCAUCAAUGGAUUCCAAUAAAAACCCUUCUUAUUUUUAUUUUUCUUUCAAAUAUAUUUCCCUUUUUCUUUUUCUCAUUGCAGGAAUUUUCUCUCUUUCAUUCCUCUCUUCAUUCCCUCCUAAAUUCACCCUCUCUUCCCAAUCCCUUCAAUGCCCUCCUCUCCCUUCCAUCAACAAGACAGAGUUGAUGGGACCCACACCAAAAGAUGAACUUCUAGAAGCACUAGAAAAAACAUCAAUGAAAAAUAAAACAAUAAUAAUAGCAGUUGUAAAUAAGGCAUAUGUUGAGGGUGAAAUAGGAUCAAAUAUGCUUGAUAUAUUCUUAGAAGGAUUUUGGAGAGGGGAUGAUACAAGAGAGCUUGUGAACCAUCUGAUGAUUGUUGCUGUUGAUCAGACGGCGUAUGAACGAUGUUUAUUUCGUGGACUUCAUUGUUAUCGUCUAGUAACGGACGGUGUAGAUUUUAUGGGGGAGAAAAUAUUUAUGUCCGAUGAAUUUAUCAAAAUGAUGUGGAGAAGAACUCUGUUUCUUCUUGAUAUUCUUAAGAGAGGAUAUAAUUUCAUCUUUACGGAUACAGAUGUUGUAUGGCUAAGAAAUCCCUUUAAAGUACUGAAUACAAACAAAACUCGACAAUUUGACAUUCAAUUUAGUAUUGACAAUUUCAAUGGCAAUUCAACUUCUCCUCGAAAUCCAAUCAACACAGGAUUUUACUAUGUAAAAUCCAACAACAAAACCAUCUCUUUGUUUGAAAAAUGGUACAGUAUGAAGGACAAUUCGACGGGUUUAAAAGAACAAGACGUCCUACAAAAUUUGACAUGGCAAGGGGUUCUUACCGAAUAUGGUCUUCGAGUACGGUUCUUGGAUACCCGAUUUUUUAGCGGAUUUUGUCAAGUUAGUCGUGAUGUUCGGGUUGUUGUCACAGUCCAUGCUAAUUGUUGUCGGUAUAUUAGUGCAAAAGUGCCCGAUUUGAAACAAGUUUUGCAUGAUUGGGCUCAGGUUAAGAAUGCUCCACCAAAUAUAACCCAACAUUUCAAUUGGACCCCUCAUACGGAGUGCAUCAAAUCUUGGAAUAAAAGAAAGUAAAAUUUGAAUCAA